UGCAGCACACACAUGCACCAUCACACACAUUCACAAACACUCUGAACUUAUAGCACGUAUUGGAGCGGACGUCCUGACCACAUACUAACGCUGGCUGUGGGCUGUGAAGCAGCUCUCUGCAGGCUGACUACUCCGGAGAGGGCACUGUUCUAACAACAAGAGCAGAAAAAGUGCAUUUAAAUCAAGAUGGAAACUGUUCAGGAACGCAAGCCAAAAAGGCCUCACUACAUCCCCCGACCGCCCGGCAAACCCUUCAAGUACCAGUGUUUCCAGUGUCCUUUCACCUGCAAUGAAAAGUCUCAUCUCUUCAACCACAUGAAAUACAACUUGUGUAAAAAUUCCAUCUCCCUGGUGUCACAGAAAAAUGGGCAAACAGCCCGACAGUUCAAGACUGUAGCAAAGGGAGUCCCUGUCAAAUCUAAGGAUUGUCCAAGCCCCCCGCCAGAAGCUCAGAACAACAGCCCUGAGAAACAGAGCUGUGAGGAGAACAAAGCUGAGAGCACAGAUGACAUGGAAGAAGUAGAUGUUGGGUGUGACAGUCCAAUCAGUAAGGACAGCCAGAGUGCGACAAAAUCAAAUAAUACAGUAACAGAGAGAGAGAACAGGAAAAGUAAUGAAGCCAAGUCUCUGCCGCGCCCAUCUGCUUUUUCUCCUGUCACACCCAAAAGUGACGGAGCAGAAGCCUUUAAGUCACCUGUGCAGCAGUCAGAGGAUUCACAAGCUCCUGUUCCCACUUUAAACCACCCAGGCAUUCCAUGGGGCACGAUUUCGUCAUCCUAUACCAUAAAACCAUUCCCCCCUCCCAUGGUUCCUGAAUACUCUCCUUAUCUCUUGCCAGACCGGCCCCUGUAUCCACCAUACUACCUCCCGGGAAACCACAAUGCAAAUGAGCCAAACCCUCCUUCUUUCCGGCCAGAGUUUCUGGAUCCCCAGAGGUCUGCGGUUCAACAACCCAUUGCCCCACCUCACACUUCCCUCUUUCCCCCAUACCCAUACAGAUACUGCCACCCUCUUCACCCUGCCCCUCCCCUGCAUUAUACCCUGUACAGACCCCCUGAGCUCUCCAUGCCAGUGACGGGAUCCAGAUAUCUUCCUUUAGAUUUGUACGGCCCAACCUUUGGGCCUAAGGAUUAUAACUUAUACAUGCAUUCACAUCCCAGUCCCAACAGCCUCAACACAUCUACACAAGAGGAUAGCAACCACGGGCAAAGUGGGGACAAGGAAACCAGGCUAAGCCCUAAAGAGGGCUGUUCAGCCUUGGGGUCCCCUGACAGACCCAGUCAUGCACACAUCAUCCAGAGAGACACAGAGGCUCAGCACUACACCACCAUGCAGGACUCACAGACGACCACCCAACCAGCCAUCAAAACUGACUUAAGAAAGGUGGAGUCCGCAGAAGGCUUGUUGCAGUUAAGAACUCAGCAUGUGGAUGGAGGCUCAGCUGACAGCAGCAGAUAUUCCUCUACAUCUAUUUCUGAGUCAUGUCCUGAAGAUGGUGAGGACAACAGAGAAGAUCUGGCCCCCCUCAACCUCUCAACAAGGAGCCAGGACAAAGAAAAAAAUCCAUCUGACUACAGACUGAAUUGCUCAGACACAGAGAAAUUAAAGCGGGAAGAACUGCCUCUAAACCUCAGCCUGAGAGCAUCUUAUAGCAGCCCUGUACACAGCUCUGCUCAGAGCACUUCAGAAGAUCUUGAACAGAGCCCAGGCGCUGAGCAGGAUGAAGAACCAUGUGACCAGAGGCAGACUGCAGCACUGGCACUCUGUCAGCUAGCCAUUGCAAGCUCUGCUGCCUCUUCAUGUGACUUCAGCAGUGCAGAUAUGCCUUCGGAGGAUUAUACAGACGCUAGAAGUCCUGGCUCUUCAAAGAAGGCGAAGCACACAACCGAGGCUAAGGCAACGGGCAGGAAAAGAGCAAACAGUAGCCAGGCUAAAAACAACUGCCAUAAACCACACAAGAAAGCAAAAGCACCUGGACGGGCUCUGAGAAGGAGGCCUCGUUGCUGCUAACAACUGAACUCUGAAAAUACUCUUAGAACAUGUGGUAAUAAGGACAGAAUAUCUCCAACUUUCACCACUGCAUACCUCAGCAUGAAAAGAAAUGUUAAUGAAGCACUGAAAGAUUUCAUUAUUCUAGCAGGUGCAGAUGUGACAUGUUUAUAGCACUGCCACAAGGUGAACUGUAAAAAAUUAAAAAAAAAAAAACUUGUUCAAUGCAAGUAUGCAGUAUAUUAUCUCUUGUUCUCACAGUUGUUCAGAAAAGGUGAAAGAACCCUUAUUAAAAAUUGCCUAAUAUCUUUCCAAAAUUUAAAUAUCUGCAUUUUUUGUAAUUGUCGAUGGAAGA